AUGUGCAAACACUUCGGCCACGAGGCCGAUGCGACCAGCUCCAUCGACGUCACCAAGGGCAGAGAGGUCUUGCCCAAGAACGUCAAGCCGGUGCACUACGACCUCACCCUGGAGCCGAAGCUGGACGGCGACUUCACCUACGAGGGUACCGUUGUCAUUGAUCUCGACGUCGUCGAGGACACGAACUCCAUUUCCCUGAACACGCUCGACCUCAAGCUCCACUCCACCACCGUCAAGGCCGGCGACAGCGUCAUCACCUCCAAGCCUGACAUCUCCUACAAUGAAGAUACCCAGACCACCAAGGUUUCCUUCAAGGACACCAUUCCUGCCGGCAGCAAGGCUCAGCUCGUCCAGACAUUCACCGGGGUGCUGAACAACAACAUGGCUGGUUUCUACCGGUCUUCGUACAACGCGGCGGAUGGCUCAACAAAGUACCUGGCAACUUCUCAGAUGGAGCCCACCGAUGCUCGGAGGGCAUUCCCCUGCUUCGACGAGCCCGCUCUAAAGUCCGAGUUUACCAUCACCCUCGUUGCCGACAAGCACCUGACCUGCCUGAGCAACAUGGAUGCCGUCUCGGAGAAGGAGGUGGAUUCCAAGAUUGGCGGAGGCAAGAAGAAGGCCGUCACCUUCCGCAAGACCCCGCUGAUGUCUACAUACCUUCUGGCCUUCAUUGUCGGAGAGCUCAACGUCAUUGAGACCAACGACUUCCGUGUCCCCGUCAGAGUGUUUGCGACUCCGGACAAGGACAUCAACCACGGCAAGUUCUCUCUCGACCUUGCGGCCAAGACACUCGACUUCUACGAGAAGAAGUUUGAUAGCAAGUUCCCGCUCCCGAAGAUGGACAUGGUGGCCAUUCCCGAUUUCAGCGCCGGUGCCAUGGAAAACUGGGGCCUCGUCACCUACCGUGUCGUUGAUCUGCUUUUCGACGAGAAGAUCAGCGGUGCGUCCACCAAGCAGCGUGUUGCCGAGGUCGUCCAGCACGAGCUGGCUCACCAAUGGUUCGGUAACCUGGUUACUAUGGACUUCUGGGAUGGUCUUUGGCUGAACGAAGGAUUCGCUACUUGGAUGUCGUGGUAUUCGUGCAACGCCUUCUACCCAGAGUGGAAGGUCUGGCAGGGUUACGUCACCGACAACUUGCAAAGCGCGUUGUCCCUCGACUCUCUGAGGUCCAGCCACCCUAUCGAGGUUCCUGUCAAGCGCGCAGACGAGAUCAAUCAGAUCUUCGACGCCAUUUCCUACUCCAAGGGCUCGUGUGUGCUGCGCAUGAUCUCUAAAUACCUUGGUGAGGAGACUUUCAUGGAGGGCAUCCGCCGCUACCUCAAGAAGCAUGCUUAUGGAAACACCCAAACGGGCGACCUGUGGGCUGCUCUGAGCGAUGCCAGUGGAAAGGACGUUGAGAAGGUCAUGGACAUCUGGACGAAGAAUGUCGGCUUCCCCGUUGUGACCGUCACGGAGAAGCCGGAGUCUGGCUCCAUCCACGUCAAGCAGAACAGGUUCCUCCGCACGGCGGAUGUCAAGCCGGAAGAGGACAAGGUUCUCUACCCCGUCUUCUUGGGUCUGCGCACCCAGGAGGGAAUCAACGAGGGCCUCACUCUGACUUCUCGGGAGGCCGAUUUCAAGCUGAGUAGCACCGACUUCUUCAAGAUCAACGCCGACCACUCUGGUAUCUACCGUACCUCGUACACUCCCGAGCGCCUUCAGAAGCUCGGAGAGGCUGCCAAGAAGGGCUUGCUCUCGGUUGAGGACCGUGCCGGCAUGAUUGCUGAUGCUGGCGCGCUUGCUGCCUCUGGUUACCAGAAGACCUCCGGCCUUCUCUCCUUGCUCGAGGGGUUCAAGUCGGAGCCCGAGUUUGUCGUCUGGGAUGAGCUCACUGCCCGCGUCGGCUCUCUGCGCUCGUCCUGGAUCUUCGAGGAUGAGGCGGUCAAGGAUUCGCUCAAGAAGUUCCAGCUCAAGCUUAUUGAGAACAAGGCCCAUGAGCUCGGCUGGGAGUUCAAGGAUAGCGACGGCCAUAUCGAGCAGCAGUUCAAGUCGCUCCUCUUUGGCGCGGCGGGCAUCGCGGGCGAUGAGGCGGUCAAGAAGGCGGCAUUCGACAUGUUCGAGAAGUUCAAGAAUGGCGACAAGGCGGCCAUCCACCCGAACAUUCGUGCCAGUGUCUACGGCAUCGUUCUGACGUACGGAGGUGCCAAGGAGUACGACGCUGUGCUGAAGGAGUACCGGACGGCGAGUACUAGCGACGAGCGCAACACGGCCCUGCGCGCAAUCGGACGUGCCAAGAGCCCGGAACUCAUCCAGAGGACGCUGGCUCUUCCGCUAAGCGACGAGGUCAAGGGUCAGGACAUUUACCUUCCGCUUGGCGGGCUCCGCACACACAAGGGCGGCAUUGAGGCGCUAUGGAAGUGGAUGACGGAGCACUGGGAAGAGCUCGAAAAGAAGCUGCCGCCCGGGUUGACGAUGCUCGGCACGGUCGUCUCGAUCUGCACGUCGAGCUUCACGCGCAAGGAGCACAUCCAGCGCAUCGAGGACUUCUUCGGCAAGCGCAGCACCAAGGGCUUCGACCAGAGCCUUGCACAGUCUCUGGACGCGAUUCGGGCCAAGUCCAACUGGAUCGCCCGGGACAGCUCGGACGUCGAGGCUUUCCUCAAGGAGCACGGGUACUUGUAA